UUCUGGUCAUUGUCACUCCAUCUUAAAAUCAUUUUUGCAAGCAUGAAGACGAUCGUUUUUUGUGUGGUGUUCCUCUAUGGAGCGAAUGGGUUUCUUUUCCCGAAAGUUAAGACUGUAGACAAGCUGGAUUUAAAUAAAUAUCUUGGUAGAUGGUAUGAGGUCUACAGUAGUUUGAUACAAAGACAAACAUUUCAAAGAAAUUCUGUUUGUACUACCGCCACAUAUAAGUUGAAAUCUGAUGGAAAUGUCAACGUCUUUAAUGCAGGAAUCACCAAAACAGCAAAAGGAGCUCCCUUCAAUGCUACGGGAACCGCUGUCCCUGUGAAAGGUGAAGCAGGAAAGUUUAUCGUUAACUUUGAUGUGGCUCCUUUCAAAACAACAAGUCCUAACUAUUUGGUGAUCAAAUUGGGUCCAGAAACUCACGGUAAAGAUGGUUUGUACGAAUACACCGUAAUUUCGACACCUAGAAAAGCACUUGUGUGGGUGCUUGCACGAAAUGCGAAACAAUUCAAAGCGAAGUACGAUGCAGAAGUCCGGCAAUAUCUCGAGAAAAACGGCUUUACAUGGUUUUGGAACAAACCGCACCCCACAUAUCAAGGAGAUGAUUGCGUGUAUCCGCCGAUGUAAAAUGACGGACAUAAAGUAAUGAAAAAGUAUAAUGCAUGAUAAGAAAAAUAUAACUUACUACCACAAA